CGCAUGUAUUUGGUACUAAACAAAACUGUACUCGUUACAACUGUAUCGGUACUCGUUACUUUCGUCACUUUGAGUAUUGAGAAGGUAUUCUCGUGUAAAGUUUUGCGCCCGCCGGUGUGUUUCCAGAACAAAUCGUAUGUACUUCGUAUAGUAUAUUUCGUAUCUACUUACAAUAUCCAAAACGAAUUAUUAUUUUUUGGACAGAAUACUUACCUACAUUAUUAUUAUAGGUGUUGAUUAAGUAAAGAAAACAAAAGAUACAAAUAAAGUUUAAUCAAUUAGUAUUAAAAAAUACAAAAAAAGAGGAAACUACGCAUCAUCCCGUGACUUUCCGUUUCUCACAUCGUUCGUACAAUCAAAUCGAAAAAUGCGAGUAACGAAAUUGAUUCGAAAGUAACGAAACGUUACUUCGAGUCUGACUGAAUACUCGUACGUCAGUAACGAAUACAUACAGUUUGCUACAGCUUUGGUACCGACCUACCGACAGUCGACAGUACCGACCGAGACCGACCGAGCUUAGGAGCACAAAAGUUGACUUGGAAACGUUGUGUUCAGUCUUGGUUACAGAGUACCUACCCUUUUAUGUGUUGGUUAAAAUAUAUUGUGCAGAACUGUGGAUCAAAUUUUGAAUUGCAUUGCAUCGUAAUGGCAAAUCACGUUGUCAUUUACAAGACCCCAUAAAAAUAUAUUGGUUAUGCGUUCUUAGUUUGAGCGAAGACUUCUUUCAAAAUGAGCAACUGGGCUAGGAGGAUGCACCGCAGAGCAGCUACAUUGAGCAAUGUGGUCACAUCUUGUGGGCAUCCCAACUCCCUGCCUUAUCCACGAAGAUUGGAAAAAGUAAAAUUUGGUGUGCCCUUGCACGAAGUUUGUAAAGAUGAUAUCCCCGGGCCGUUGCUUGUGCUGAUAUUGAAGUUGAACAAGGAGGCUCCACUUCGUCGCGAUGUGUUCCGUGCCCCUGGACAUCAGGGUGCUAUGAAAAAACUCAUACAUUUUCUUCAAACUGGCAGACUAGUUAAUGUAGAUAAUUACUCUGUUUAUACCAUUGCUAGUGUUUUGAAGAAAUUUCUAAGGAAAAUCCCAGGCGGUGUGUUUGGCCGGGAUGGAGAGAUGCAGUUGUUCACGGCUGUGGAGCUCCCUGAAGAGCAGCAAGUACAUGAAAUCCGCAGACUCCUGCUGUCUCUGCCAGUCUGCACACAAAGACUGCUGGUGCUACUCUUUGGCACUUUCCGGGUAAUGGCCUCCAAUGCUGACAAAGCAGGUACAGGAAUGACAUCGGAAGCCCUGGGAGUGUCGGUAGCGCCUUCGUUCUUCCACUCUUGCGUGUCGGACGGCAAAACGGCCACUAUGGAGGAUGUCCAGCGGUUCAAGGUGGCGACCCGUAUAAUGCGUCAACUGAUCGAGCAGUUCAGUGCCGGCGAUCUGUUCGGGCGAGACAACUACGAGUAUUACGCGAGGGUCACUGGGCGCAUACUGAGGGUGAAAGACGAGUGGAUUUGUUCCUUUAGAGAUCCGCCGCCGCCGAGGCACCAUCGGGAUCAGGAGGCUUAUGCUAGACAAUUAUCAUUGGAAGCUGAGAAAACGUGGUUACAGUGCGAGUGUGACCGUUGGGGCAAUAAGUUCAACUUAGAAGGUCUAACAAAAUCCGAGGAGUGCCAAUCCAUGCCGGCCCUGAUGGGCGCGGCGGGCGGGGGCGCCGCGGGGGGCGUCCUCGGGCUCGGGAUCAUCCCCGAGCACAGCCUCUUGGACUCGUGUACGCGGCUGUCCAUCUCACUCGAGGAGAGCGUGUUCAAGGUAUCGGUCAGUUCGUCUUCGCAAUCCUCCCGCAGCAACUCUAGCCCCCACAUGACACUUGAAGAACUGCGAGCUAUCAACAAGUACGCCGAGAGUACUAAGAGUCUCUCCUAUCUUCCUCAGGUGCACGAGCGGCAGCGAGCGCGGAUGCGCACGCGCUCCGAGUGGUUCCUGCAGACGGGCAGCUCGCUGGACACGGGCCGCCGCGCCGGUGGCGAGCGGCGCAGCUCUCGGCGGCGCUCGCGGCGCACGCGCGUGUGCGGCGGCGGCACCUGCCGCGCCCUCACACACUCCGACACUGAGAUCCCGCUCGCUCUCCAGCCUCGUAAAGUGACCGCUUGACACGAGGACUGCUCCUGUGUGCGAUGCCCGGCCUAGCGGUACCUUCGUUACUUGAUAUAUUAUUCAAAUUCGAACAGUGAAUUAUCGAAUCUUGGAUUAAUUAUAUUCGAUCUGUUUUUGGCCACAACGAUUUGAAUAACUUUAAACUAGGAACUCUCAUAAAAGGCUAUAAUUCAUAUAAAUUCAAACAGAACGAAUUUUGAAUAUACAAAUUUAUAUUCGAUCUGUUUUUGGCCUCAACGAUUUAAGUAACUUUAAGUUAGGAACUUGACUUAAGUAAUAAUAGUACCUAGCAAAUGACUAUUAUGUUUCAAAUCGAAAUUACAACAGUAUAUGAUUUUAUUUUGAAUACUUUUCGAAUUUUAAUUCGAUUAUUUUUGGUCAAAACGAUUUGAGUAACUUUAAUCUACGAACUCUCUUAUUAUACUGUUAAAGCAAGGUGACGUCAAAUAUGUCAGAUAAAAAUGUCCCUAGGCAGCCAUAUUGUAUCCUAUAUCUUAAAGAAAUAGUGUUAUUGUAAGUUAGAAAGAAUUAAUAGGUUAUAGCUAAUAGACUUUUAAUAAAUUGAUCUUUACCAAUCCUUAUCAAGUAACAAAUUUCCACAAUAUUGUAUAUCAUAACAUAAAUAAUUAACCAAAUAUCUUUUGAACUACUUGUUUGUCAUACAAAUUCUUUUGAUGUGAAAUAUAUUUGCUCUUACAAAUGUUCAGUUGGGCGAAUGAUCACAAUAAGUAGGGAAUGAUUACGUGAAAAAGACUGAAAUGAGGGAAGCUCACGUUUAUGACUGUGGUCAAUGGUGUGACGAAAUGUCUUUCUAUAAUAGGUUUCUUUACUUAAUUAAAGCCAAAAAUAUGUAAGGCAAUGAGAUAAAGAAAGCGAUUUCGACGACUUGGGAACUUCUUACUUUUUACGUCCAGUAAAAAGGUCCUUUAGACCUUGUUGUCUGAAUUAAAUUUACUAGUUGUUUGUCAAAUAAAAUUAUCCCUAAAUGAUGUUUGAGUGUUUUAAAAUAUAAAAUUGCUCCCGAAAACUUUCGGGUAGAUGAGUUUUUGAGAACGUGCAAUGAUCGGUUUUAACAAUCAACGAAAAUCUAACGAUUGUUUACUGUAUUUAUGAAAGAAAAAUUCAGCUCUCUAUUUUUUUAGUCACAAGAUCAAAAAUAUUUGGGAAUAAAUUAUUCUCUUCAUUAAAAAAAUCUCAUUGAUGUAUACUAAGCGUUUGAACAAAUAAUAUUAUAUAUUGACUUGAGUAUUGACAAAGUAGUAUUGUUAGGCGGCUGUAAGAUAAUCACUUUAAGGUCUUUUCUACACGUCAGGGCUACGCUUGGCUUAUGUUCCGCCAGCCUAAAAAAAUAUAGGUUCACUCAUUAUCUAUGGACAGAACACUGACUGAUAGUGGGGGGUUUCAGAAAUAGAGGAAGAUCAAAAAAAGAGAUGGAUGGCUAACGUGAAGGAAAACACGAGUAGGAAAAGAGUGCAAGUGCAAACAUACUGUGAGAAACACAACACAACGAUAAGAGUGGGAAAAUGUAACAAAGAAGACUGCUGAAUGACCUUCGAAGCCGGUAGAGGUAAAGACGUGUGUUAUCGAAUCCAUAGAUAAUGAAUGCGACGAUAUUUCAUAUUGGCUCCGGAUAAAACACGUCUGAGGCACGGUCUAGGGACUUAUUCAAGAACGUCGAAAGGCAAUAUGUCUUCUCUCUCUUGUAAGCUUUGACAUUAAUCGCAAUGGAAGAAAUAGAGACAAGGUAAGAAAUUGGCCUUGUUAACGUUUAUGAGUAAGGGGGCUGUUGAGUGGUGAAAUGAAUAGACCUUGAAUCAUCAUCGCUAUUCUAGAUGUCAAAUCAUCUGUGUGCCAUGAAAUUGCUGUCAGAUUAGAUUUUGUGUGAAACAUAAAUAUUAUGUGAAUAUUUAGCGAGUAUUAUUUAAAGUAUAGCCUAUCCUUUACACGAUAAGCUUAUUAUUUUGAAUUUGUAUUGUCCAUUCGGUUAUUUUACAAUUUUGAAAGUUGAGAAAUUUUGAUAAACUUAAAGCGUACUUGAAAUAAUAAUUUUCAUUAAUAAAAAAUUUUAACAAAAUGCUUUCAGUGAGUAAUUAUGUUACUUUCCCAAGUAGCGCAUUAAAAUUAUCUGACAUUAUUAUUUCCGGACUUGUAAAAACGUUUCACUAUAAUUUAUGUUUGGAAUGCCGAAUUUCUUACAAGCAUGAAAGUCUAUAUCAUAAUUCUUACAGAAUAGAAUCACUAGGCGAACUGUUGUUAGAGAGAUGCUCAAACAAUUAUCUUUGGGCCUACAAUAUCGCCCAUGUGCAAGUUGCGCAACUAUAAAACAUUCCUGUAAAUAAUUAUUUAGUUAGUUUAAUUGUUUUAUAUAUCACGAAUUAAUUGUUAAUUGACUAUAAAUGAAGAAGAUUUUAGUUUUAAUAGAUAAUUCUUGUUCCUAGUCGGGAUAAGAGACAUUUGCAUUUCCUUCUACCUCAUUCUAAUCGUCUUUUCAUCGCUCACACCUGGAAGACAUCACUAUAACGAAUCACAUUUAAUUUUGUCUGUAAAAUUUUAGGACUCUCGCCAAAAUUAACCAGAAUUUAUUAAGACUGAUGUAUGUUUUGUAUCUUUUCUGAAAUUGACUUCACUCAUAGAAUAGAAUAUUAUUUAUGACGAUUUGGUAUGUCACGAUUAAUUGCAAUAACUUUGUAACUGAUAACUAUGUAACCGUACAAUAUUGAAUAACACAGUUUUCGGAUUCGUAUAUAAUUUAGUACUUUCAUAUUGAUGUAAAAUUUUGGAUCGUAUAUUAGGUGCUAGAUGUGAAAUCUCUUAUGAAAAGUUCUAUUCUGAUAACUUUAUAAAAAUCUGCCUGCUAUUUUUUUUAAGUGUUUGGAAAUAUUUUUGUUACAAAAUUAACUGUAAAUAGGUUUGUAAAUUAUUGUUGUACACGUCAUUAUUAUGCACAUUUGUACGCACAUCGUUUUCAAUAAUCCUUGUUUGUGUAUUCAUAUAUUUAAGACUGUUUUAGGUUAGAAAUUACAAUGCAAGUCAAAGGUAUAUCUUUUUUUGUGAACACAGAAAGUUACGGCUCAUAUUUAGAGAUGUGGGAUAAGCGUCUCAAUUUUGUUCUUAUAAUUAGUUUUAGAGGCUGUGUUAGAGCCUCAUCGCUAAACGGAGUCUCAGUGUAAUAACGUAACAUAGUAUUGUAUGUGAUCAGACGAACGAAUAGUUUGUACUGCGAUUUUAUGACUUGUACCAUUAAUUUUUAUAUACUGCAUUAUAAGUACACAUUGAAGAAGAAAUUUGUUAAAAAAGAUAUUUUGUUCGAAAUGGUACAAGUAUGAAAUCGAAUAAUUUAGUAUAUCUUGUAAAAAUUAUUAUUACAGAUGAUUAUAUUAGAUGUAUGAUUAUACCUGGCUUGCAUUUCUUGGAUUUGCGUGUCCAAGUUCCUGUGUUCAUUGGUAGCAAUAGGGUAACGAAUGUAGUAGUAUUGUAGUAAGAUAUUUUGGACGUCGCAAUGUUUGCUGUUUUUGCCUUCAACGUGAAUGACACUUGUGGAUAAAAUGUCGCUUAUGUGGUGCAGUUUUUUGACAGGAAAUUAAUUAGGUUUGAAAUUGUGUUGUAUGGACUACUGCUUCUCAGAAAAUAGUUAACAUGCAAU